AUGGCCGACGUGUUAGCAGACCAACUCAGGUCAGCCACAUUGAGUGACGCCACCAACAAUGAAGACUGGAGGAGGAAUCUGAACAUUCCCGCCAGGGACAACAGGCAACAAACUGAGGAUGUGACAAACACGAAAGGCCUAGAAUUUGAGAACUUUGGCCUGAAACGAGAUCUCCUUAUGGGCAUAUUUGAGGCAGGAUUCGAGAAGCCUUCACCCAUCCAGGAGGAGAGCAUCCCCGUCGCCCUCACCGGACGCGACAUCCUCGCCCGCGCCAAGAACGGUACCGGAAAGACAGCAGCCUUUGUCGUACCAGCCCUCGAGACGAUCAACCCCAAGGUAUCCAAGAUCCAAUGCCUCAUCCUAGUACCAACACGAGAGCUGGCCAUGCAGACCUCGCAAGUCUGCAAGACUCUGGGCAAGCACCUAGGCAUCAACGUUAUGGUUACAACUGGUGGUACGACUUUGAGGGACGACAUCUUGCGUCUGCAAGACCCUGUACACAUUGUAGUCGGUACGCCGGGUCGUAUCCUCGACCUUGCGGGUAAAAAUGUCGCCGACCUCAGCGAAUGCCCAAUGUUCAUCAUGGACGAAGCCGACAAGCUUCUCUCCAUCGAAUUCACCCCCGUCAUCGAGCAGCUCCUGCAGUUCCACCCCAAGGAUCGACAGGUGAUGCUCUUCUCCGCUACCUUCCCUAUUUCUGUUAAGGAAUUUUCCGACAAGAACAUGACCAACCCCUACGAGAUCAACCUCAUGGACGAGCUUACCCUCAGGGGUAUCACUCAAUACUAUGCCUUUGUCGAGGAGAAGCAAAAGGUCCACUGCCUGAACACUCUCUUCUCCAAAUUGCAGAUCAACCAAUCCAUCAUCUUCUGCAAUUCCACGAACCGAGUCGAACUUCUUGCCAAGAAGAUCACCGAGCUCGGCUACUCGUGCUUCUACAGUCAUGCCAAGAUGCAGCAGCAGGCACGAAACCGUGUCUUCCACGACUUCAGAAACGGAGUCUGCAGGAACCUGGUGUGCUCUGAUCUGCUUACUCGAGGUAUUGACAUUCAGGCUGUCAACGUUGUCAUAAACUUUGACUUCCCCAAGAACGCUGAAACUUACUUGCACCGUAUCGGACGAUCUGGUCGGUACGGCCACCUCGGUCUGGCUAUCAACCUGAUCAGCUGGGAAGACCGGUUCAACCUUUACAACAUCGAGCGUGACUUGGGUACCGAGAUCCAGCCCAUCCCUUCGACGAUCGACAAGAGCUUGUACGUCUACGACAACCCGGAGACCAUUCCCCGUCCCAUCAACAUCCCCGCUCAGCCUUCCUCGGCGGGCAAUGCGCAAAGCGCUGCACCCAAUCAGGGCCCACCUCCCCAGCAGCAAAGACCGCAUCAAGGUCAAGAGAACUGGCAAAACCAGAACGGCAGGCACAACGGUUCCAGCCAACAGCAGCAGCCUCGUGGCCCCCACCAAAACAGGGGCCGCGGCGGUGGGCGCGGACGUGGAGGCUUCCAAGGCCAGGGUCAGGGACAGCGCAACUACAACAACAACUACAGGGGUGGCCGUGGUGGCCACAACCAAGGGCAGCAUCAACAGCAAAUGCCCAACCAGCAGUCCUAA